CCCUGUUCUUACGACAUGAUCGAGAGAGCGAGACUAUAUAUCCACCCUGAUUACCUUGCUUUCUUCUUUCUUCGUUGUAAAUCUGAUCACAUCUCUGUAAUUCUUUUCUUCUGGGAAACAUUACAGUUUGGAAAUAUGUGUGGUACAGUGAUGACAACCAAGAAGCCAAACCUGAUAGCUAGCCGAGAAUGUAAAUAUCAUAUAUACCAUCAAGACAAUUACUGCAUUUGCAGUAGAGCUUACGACUAUGCAUAUCAAGCUAGCACUAGCAGCUGCAGCAGUCCAUCAUUGUUUGGUUUCAUAUUUUCUCUUGCGGAUAGAAGCAACGGGGAUCAGCAGAACAUGGGUCAGUGCUACUCUGCUCCAUCUAUGCAAGAGCACCACUGGGAGAAGCAUUCGAGCUUGAAGAAGAGAUGUCUGGCCAGGGUAAAGGAGCAGAGGUCAAGGUUCUACAUACUGAGGAGAUGCGUGGUGAUGUUACUGUGUUGGCACAAGUACGGGAAGCAUUAAUGAAAGGUAGCGACCGGUUCUUCAUGAUCCCAUGUUGAGGACAACCUCCAAUUGCUUCAACAUCAGACCCCAGAUGACCACCCUCAUCAGCACUAGCUACAUGACUCCAUCUGCAAAGGAAUCAAAGCAAGUCAGCAACAAUGAAAUGAAGAUAUAUAUAUAUAUAUAUAUAUAUAUAUACGAGGAGGAGUCUGCAUAUCGUCAACGUCAAGUCACCCAAGUGUCACGAAAAGUGAUGGAAUAAGUAGUUAAUUGUUCAUAGCUUUUAUUUUGGUUUGCUCGAUCGGUCUGUGUGGCAGGGUUUUUACGUGAGAACAGUGCUAGCUAGCUGAGGGUUGGUACUGUUGAUGAUGGCUAGGAGAUCCAGAUGGGGAGAGAGAGGAGACCUUGCUCUGCUCUAGCUCUAGCUCGUCUGGAGAGAAGGGUUUAGGUUUUAUUUCUUUUUUUUUAUUAUUAUAUUAUUGUAUUUUUGUAAAGCUUUGGACUGCUGGGGACUGGGGAGAAUAAGAAAAAAAAGCUAUAGUUUUAAUUUCUUUGUCUAUGGAAGCAAGAAGAAAAGGGUUAGGGUCUGACCGUCUGAGUGAGGAAUUGAGUCAUACCGCGCGUUCAAUUAUUUUGAUGGAGAUGGCUAACCAGCUAAAUGGGUCUUUUUCCUUGUUUUCGAAGGACUGAUCAUGACUUGAAUGUGGUUGCACGGGUGAUACUCCACUUGGAUUCAUGGUGUGAUUUAUUUUCUGUUCCAAUUAUGAGUUGACAAGACCAACUCAUCGACAUCCAUAUCUUACUAUUACUUUCCUUCAAAGAAAACUCUCCUUUGGUCUUUGUUUUCA